AUGGAUGUGAAAAAAUACCCAGGAAUUUCAAACGAAGACGCCGCCAUUCUCGCUGCAACCAAGCUCGUCGAAUCCCAGCCGAAAAAUCUCGGGUGGUACCGAGUGGCAGCGUCCCGAGCAAUGACCGGCACCCGGCGCAGGCAACCUCUGCUCACCGAAAAACUAAAACUGGUUCAUGAAGCAAUGAAGAGUCAUUCUGAAGCUGUGGAUGUCGGAAACCUCGAAGAGAAUGCCAUUGAAGGAGACAAAGCCGUGAUUGAGUUUUAUGCUGCGACUUGCGCGGUCGCGGAGUCGCACGGAAAAUUCGCUGUCGGGAUUAGAAGACAUGGACGAACAGACAUUCCUGUUCAAGUCAGGGUGGAAACGAUCGAAGGGACUGCGACUGCUGUCACCGACUUCGUCCCGGUCAAUAAAAUCGUGUCCUUCUUGCCCAAUGAAACCGAACAAGAAGUAGAAGUGGAAACUGUCUGCGACAAGCAAUGGGAACCAGACGAAGAAUUCUACUUGAAACUGUCUUUGCUGCCGUUGGACGCAUUUGCGCAUGACUCAGUCGUUCUGGGUCGAUUAUCAAUAAUGGAAAUCACUGUUGUCAAUGACGAUGAUCCAGGGACUUUGUCAUUUGACAAGGGAUGUUACGUUGUCAGAGGAACCUGUGGCACAACAUCAAUUCCAGUCAUAAGAAGAAAUGGAGUCGAUGGGGUCGUGAAGGUUCAUUACAAGACUGUGGAAAAGUCGUCGGCGAUAAGUGGGAAAGAUUAUAUUCCUCAAGAAGGAGUUCUCGAGUUCAGACACGGAGAAACUAAAUUAGCGAUCAAUGUCCCCAUCAUCAACGACUUUCACCCGGAAAGAAAUGAGCAUUUCGAAGUUCAGCUGUUUGAUGUUGAAGGCGGCGCAAGCCUAGGGAAACUCUGUUCCACGAUUGUCACGAUCGUCAACGACGAUGAUUUUGAGCCGGUGAUGAAGAAAAUGAUGAGUAUGACGACGGAAAACUUGGAAAAACUGCAACUGUUUCACAAGGCGUCUUGGGUAGCUCAAAUACGCGAAGCAUUGAAUGUGAACAGUGGGUACAUUGAUACAGCUACUCCAUUGGAUUAUUUGGCACACGUUUUCACUUUUGGCUGGAAGGUUAUUUUCUGCUUGGUACCUCCAGUGGAAAUAUGGGGAGGCUGGCUGGCAUUCUUCGUAUCCUUGACCUUUUUAGCAAUGCUAACAGCUGUUGUGGGAGACUGUGCUUCAAUAUUUGGAUGCUUGGUUGGUCUCAGUGAUGAAGUCACAGCAAUUGCUCUGGUUUCGGCUGGAACUUCCUUGCCAGAUACUUUCGCAUCCAUGUCUGCAGCACGACAGGAGAAGUUUGCUGAUUUGGCUAUCGGAAAUGUCACCGGUUCUAAUUCCGUCAACGUGUUCCUGGGACUGGGUUUACCCUGGAUGAUCGCAGCAAUUUACCAUGGCUAUCAUGUACGGGAAGAAAAUUCAGAGUUCCUGCCGGAUCUUUGGCAUUCAGUGUGACUGUUUUCACGGGAUGCGCCACAAUCACAAUCGGAUUGCUUUAUGCCCGAAGAUUUUUCAACUUUUUUGGAAAAGCUGAGCUUGGCGGACCUACUGUGCCAAGAUACGCGUCGGGCAUUUUUAUUUUCUCUUUGUGGAUCUUUUAUAUUGUAUUAUCGUCGCUACAAGCUUAUGGUCACAUAGGGAGUUUCUGAUUAAACUGGAGAGGGCAUUCAUCCAUUUCACUGAUGAAUAUUUGUUGAUAAUGGUGUCUCUGUCAAAAUUUUGAGUGUUUUCAAGAAAUGUUUUAUGUAGUGUAUUUGAUUCUGGGGAAAAUAUCAAUACUGUUGUAUGAUUUGAAAGAAAGCUCAGCUGAUUUCAUAAUGAAACCAUUCAAAACAUGUUUACCAAUGAUACAGUCUCACAACUUUGGGAGGAAAA